AUGGACUUCAUUACAAGACUGCCUAGGACUCUGAAGGGCUAUACGGUGAUUUGGGUUGUUAUUGACAGGCUCACGAAGUCAGCUCACUUUAUUCCAGGGAAAUCCACUAACACCGCUACAAAGUUUUGGAAAGGACUUCAGCUUGCAUUGGACACGAGGUUAGAUUUCAGUACAGCCUUUCAUCCUCAGACUAAUGGUCAAACAGAAAGGCUAAGAUUGGCAUGGCACCGUUUGAGGCUUAGAAUGGUAGGUGUUAUAGAUCUCCUGUAUGUUGGGGUGAAGUUGAUAGCACAUAUGAAGGAUGUUUUGAGGUUUGAAAAGAAAGGGAAGCUAAGUCCACGUUUUGUAAGGUCGUUUGAGAUACUUGAGCGAAAUGGCCCCGUGGCUUACCGUUUGACGUUAUCUCCAGCGUUUUCUGCAGUACAUGACGUACUCCAUGUUUCUAUGUUGAGGAAGUAUGUCGCAGACUCAACACAUGUAGUUGACUUUGAGCCAUUGCACAUCAAUGAGAACUUGGACUAUGAGAAGCAACCAGUCGAGAUUUUGGCGAGAGAGGUCAAGAUGCUUCGUAAUACGGGGAUUGCGCUCGUAAAAGUUCUUUUCCGAAACCACGAAGUUGAAGAGCCACAUGGAAGAGAGAGUAUGACUUGA